CGGCCAGAUUGCCUUGAUUUGGUAUAGAUGUGGCAGGGGUUUGGGAUCCGUCCGAGCCUUUGCGCAAGCACAGCAGACUUCAUUCUGCUCAUCUAUCCGGAUUCAGCCCGAUAGUUUUAGCAUGGCCACACUAUAAUGUGCGCAAUGCGGCGAGGAUCUCCCGAAGCAGACAUCGAUUGUAUACAAAAAGCCGCCCAGUGGGUCAGCAUCCUGGCACACGCCGAAUGCGACAGUUGUCUCAGUGCGAUCGCAGCUCGAAGCAUUGAGGGGUAGUGAUGUGCCCAGUAGAAGCAUAAAUCCAGCAUCGGCCCUCCAAUGGUCACUCCGAACCAGCGUUCUCAUAUCCCUUGGAUUCUGCGCCAUGACCACAGAUAACGAGCACAAUGUUUAUUUUGGGCCAGAUGCCCUCAAAAAGUACUUCGAUCCUGACUGUCAACCUCCUUUACCACUUGUGGAACUACCACAGCAGCUGAAUCCUUAUCAUCAGGAUGGGGUGCGCAUCUAUGCAAAGAUGAUGACCAUGCACCCUGCAAACAAUGUCAAGGCGCUACCAGCCAUGAAUAUGCUCGAGUCAGGCGUAGUACCUGGACAGACCAAAUCGAUAGUCGAGUAUAGUUCAGGCUCGACAGUUAUCUCCAUGUCAAUGGUCGCGCGCGUGAUGCAUGGAAUUGACGACACCCGAGCGUAUCUCAGUAACAAGACCAGCGAAGCCAAACUCAAACUGAUGCAGUUCUUCGGGCUGAACAUCACCUUGUUCGGCGGUCCAUCCCAGCCCGACCCGUAUGACGAACGGGGAGGUAUUCAAACCGCCCGAGCCAAAGGCAUGCAGUCGGACCAUACUCUGAACCCCAAUCAGUACGAGAACCACGACAAUUGGGGGGCGCACGUUCGCUGGACCGGGCCGCAGAUCUUCAGGCAGCUCCCCGAGAUCAACGUCCUGUGUGCUGGCAUGGGCACCUCGGGAACCAUGACGGGAUUGGGAACCUAUUUCAAGAAGAUUAAACCGUCUGUGUUGCGGCUGGGGGUCUGCACUGCGCCAGGGGACCGAGUCCCCGGGCCUCGGUCGUUCGCCCUGAUGAAGCCCGUGGAAUUUCCCUGGAAAGCCGCAGUAGAUGUGAUCGAGGAGGUCACUUCCGUGGACUCCUUUUCGCUGUCACUGGACCUGUGCCGUCAGGGGAUAGUUUGUGGCCCCUCAUCCGGCUUCAAUCUGAAAGGUCUGUUUCAGAUGCUCGACAAGUCCAAGCACGCGGGCACCUUGCCGCAGCUGGCGGGACCUGAUGGCUUUAUCCACUGUGUAUUUUUGUGCUGUGACCUGCCAUACCAAUACAUUGGGGAGUACUUUGAGAAGUUGGAACCCGGAAGAUUUCACCCAAUCCAGAACGAGAGACUCAUGCAGGUUGAUCUACAUCGCUAUGACGAGAGCUGGGAAAGAAGUCCCGUCGUCUUAUUCACACACUUUUAUGACGCCCCAAAGUCCUUAUCCCGGAGCCUUCUGAACGAUAUCACCCUGCGACCUGCGUGCUGUAUCCUGGACCUGCGAACGGACGUCGAUUUCAAUUCAUGGCAUCUCCCAGGAUCCGUCAAUGUUCCCUUGAACGGACUUGGCGCGCAUACAGCCAAGCCAUUCUUCAACCCGGAGGUGUUGGAGGCACUGUGGCUAGAGAUGGAGACGCUCUUCACCGAUGACAGCAAGCUCGCACAGCUGGAAGCCCAUUAUGUGCUAGUGAUCUGUUACAACGGGGACACGGCUCGUGUGGCCACUAGUGUAUUGCGGGCCAAAGGAGUCCAGGCGGAUAGUCUCCGAGGAGGGUACCAGGCUUUGAAAGAUAACGGACUUUGGGGACAGGAUCAUGCACUUGGCACUAGGCCGGAUUGGGAUGAGCAUAUGCAAACGAACAACAAUUGA